GAUUUUGGUAGUUGCAAACAUCAAAAGUGAAUUCAGACUUGUUGCAGGGCAUUUCUCCAGAAUAUAAAGAACUUGUGAACUGGAUUACCAACUAUAAGUGAGAGAGAAUGAUGACAUUUCUACAGAAACAAAGAGAAAUCCUGAAAUUCUUUGCUGAAUUCGGCUCUGUUACACUGAGCAUUUUGUUAAUUGGAUUUAUUUUUGUGAUGAAUAAUACCUUCACAUGCCCGUGCAGAUCUGAUCAGAAUACAACACUAACAGUGUCCAUCUUCAUUGGACCUGCUUUUUUUGCCUUGGUUAUAAUGUUCCACGUGUUAAGGCCUCUUAGAUAUGGAUGGUUUCAUUGCCCCAAUGGAACAUAUGAUGAUAAUCAGCAGACCUGGCCGAAAGCUCUCAUAUCUUGUCUGAUUCCAUCUGUAAUGUGGAUCUUCAUGUUGCUACUUGAUGGAGAUUAUGUUGCUUGUGCCAUGACAGACUGGAAGGGGAUUUAUGUUCCUAAUUCUGUGCUAAACAAGUCGUGGUGUCAACCUAUCGAAGGGUUGCGAAAUGUGACAGAGCUGUUACUUUUGACACGCAGUUAUAUUCAUCAGUCUCAGUAUGCAGGUUAUGUUAUGAUCACUGUCUUCAGUGUCCUGUCGCUUGCUGUUGUGGGUAUUCAUGAUUGCUGCAUUAGUGGAAAAUGUGACCGCUGCCCAAGACGGCUGUUGUUAUUCUGUGGACAAAUAGAGAGACACAGUGAAGAAAAUGACCAAGGACAGGAUGAUGUGGAGCUCAGCCCCACCUCCACCAUCAGUACACACCCACUUGUUGUUUUUUCAAAAAAAGAUUAAACAUCUUAUUUUUCUUAAUUCUCUUUUUUCAUGUAUGCAUGUCUCUUCUCUUUAUUAAAGUAAUGUAAUAGCAUGAAAAGCAUGAAAACAAUUAUUUAUCAUUUCAACAUUUAAUUGCCAAGAUAUAAUUAAGUUACAGUUCACAAGUUUUUGUGACAAUAACCCAACAAAGCGGCACUAUAACCAUAUGUCAACCAUGUUUAAUAUAUAAAUAAACACAUAAGGAGCUUGGAAUAUGCUGUAACAAUAAGUAACAAUAAUGCACAAAUAAAGAAAUUUGACUGAUGUAUGUGGUUGUUAUGACAUUGUGGCAGUACAGAAUAAAUAUAUCUUUCUGAACUAAAUGCAGAAUACAUGGACUCACCUACA